GUCUUCACAGAAUGCGGGUGGGAAAACAAAAUAACGCGAGCAGUUGUGGUUUCCUCUAAACUAGCUGCAUGGCUAAAUAUCUCAGAUAACGCAGUCUAAAACGUUGUCUCAGAGAGGAUACAAAUACGAGUUUACUGUAAAAGCUAAACCUCUCAUACGGUUAUGACGUGACUUCGGCUUCGGCAGUGACUGAGCUUUUAACGGUUACCGUUAUUUAAAUCUCUCCAUCACUUAGUGUGUAUACUGAACAGGAUGCUAGCAUGUGUUAGCGAACCACUGCAGGAAAUUAGCUCGUUAGCUUAGACAAGCCAACCAAGUGUUGUUAUGAAGCGUAUUUUUCCUUCUUUAUGCUCAUACUCUACUUGAAUAACCUCUGCAUUAUGGACACCGAGGGAAUAGUGAUUCGUAUAAAAACGCCGGCGGGUGACAUGGACUCGUCCGUCGACUGUCCAUCUCUUCUGAACUUCAAUGACUUGCUGGUCGCUAUCAGAGAUGUUAUGCCUGAAGCCACCGUCACUGCCUUUGAAUAUGAAGAUGAGGUGGGGGACAGAAUCACUGUAAGAAGUGAUGAAGAACUCAAAGCCAUGUUGUCAUAUUACUGCAACACAAUGAAUGAACAACGCAUGAAUGGACUGCUGCCAGACCCUCUACAAAUUUUUCCACGAGCUGGCAAGACUCCAGGGAUCCGGAACAUACAUGGCCUGAAGGUUAAUACAAGACCUAACCCAGCCAAUGACUGCACUCAUGCUGUCCCAGACCCUAUGGCCAGCAACAGCUUAAAGAAAUCAUCUGCUGAGCUGAAGAGGAUCUUGACAAAUGGACAGAUAAAUGCCCAAGAUAUCAACUAUCAAGAGCAGCUUGGCCAUGGAAACGGAGGCACAGUUUACAAAGCAUACCAUCUUCUUGGCAAGCGGGUUUUAGCUGUGAAGGUCAUUCCCCUAGACAUCACGGUAGAACUACAGAAGCAGAUCAUGUCGGAGUUAGAAAUUCUCUACAAGUGCGACUCACCCUACAUCAUCACUUUCUUCAGUGCCUUUUUUGUAGAGAACAGGAUAUCCAUAUGCACAGAAUUUAUGGACGGUGGUUCUCUUGACGUGUACAAAAGGAUUCCAGAGCACGUGCUGGGUAGGAUUGCAGUGGCAGUAGUCAAAGGCCUGACGUAUCUGUGGAGCCUGAAGAUACUUCACAGAGAUGUCAAGCCUUCCAAUAUGCUGGUGAACACCCGAGGACAAGUCAAGCUCUGUGACUUUGGUGUCAGCACACAGUUGGUGAAUUCAAUUGCCAAAACGUAUGUGGGAACUAACGCAUACAUGGCGCCGGAAAGGAUAUCAGGGGAACAGUAUGGUAUCCAUGCAGAUGUCUGGAGUGUGGGAAUCUCUUUCAUGGAGUUGGCGCUAGGCAUGUUCCCCUAUCCACAGAUUCAGAAAAACCAAGGAUCUCUAAUGCCUCUCCAGUUACUGCAAUGCAUCGUUGAUGAGGAUCCUCCAGUUCUUCCUGUCAGCCAGUUCAGUGAGAAGUUUGUUCACUUCAUCACUCAGUGUAUGAGACGGCAACCCAAAGAGAGACCUGCCCCUAAUAACCUCAUGGACCAAAACUUCCACUGCUCACAGCUCAUAGACGUAUCCAGUCUGUGACAAAGAGUAACCAGUAAGAAGGGUCACAGAGCCAUGAAGUGCAGCUGGAUCAAGUCCCGUCUAUAUCAAACAUGCUUGAUAUCUGCAAUGUAUUGGUGAUUGUGCAGCUCUGGAAAAUGUCAGUAGUGUAUGUUGAAAUGUGAGUGGCUGUUUUUAAUUCAGUAUGUAAGCACAAUGAAAUUGGGACCAAGGGAAAAAAAAUUGUUUGUACUUUUAGUAACUGUUCCAUAGCUUUCAAUCAAAUCACACAGUUGAAGGCAGAUGGAGUUUGACCAUUUGUCAUAGAAUUACAAAUGUUCAAAUUUCCAUUUUUGUGUGUGCUUGUUUUUUGUUCAUGGCUUAAAAGUUGAGAGUGAAAGUUCAUUCUUCAUCUUGGAAACGGCAGUUGACAAACAACCUCAUCAAAAGAUAAGUUUACUAUAACUUUGUCUUGUUUCACUUUCUGGUUUAACUGGUAUCUCUCCUGUAGGCUUUCUGUACUUCUCUCUUUUCUCACCUUCUUUAUCUCAGUCAUUGUUUUACAUUAUUCACAAAACUACUUUCAACCAGGUGGAAAUACUUACUGAGUUGAAGGAUAAAUAGAGAGAGAAAAGAAAGAUCAGCUGAAUCUGAAUGACAGCUUCAGGUGAAAAAUAUAGAAAGUGUUAGUUAAUGUUGUUUCUUCGGCGUCUUGGGAUGUGUGAUUGUGUGGUGUGAGUGUGGUAUGCCAAGCCAAAGCGACGCACCUUCAUCCAGGUCAAAUUCCAGCAGACGUCGACGGCCUGUCAGGGUUAAUUUCUAGAGCAGAGGUGGAGCGCUGGAUUUUAAAAACAUCACCCAGGACUUCCUCCUUUAUUUCUGUAUCACUCCCUCUCUACUGAGGCAAGGAAGAAUGAUUGAUGAGAUGAGUAUUCAGCACAUCGGGACACCCAGGAGCGUCCACUCCACCCGUCUCAUACUGACACACACACACACACACACACUCGCACACACUGAUAUGAGAGUAAUUAACCUCAGACUGUGUUAACCCCAGCUGCCCAUUAGAAGGACAACAGGAUUGAUGGGGCUCCCCCCAGUCCUUCACAACUCUCCACAGUUUGUGCAGGAUUGGAGCACAGUGGAAUGUGUGGAAAAUAUAAAACGACACCAGACUAAACACGUGGUGAUUGUAGUAGUCAAAGAAAGAAUUGACGUCACACGUAAGUCAAUUUGAUUUUGGUAGAUUUCAACUGUGGUGCUACAAACUUACAAAGUUGUCCUUUUAACUUAUUAUGUUGUAUUUACCUGUCAUGUGAUUUAGUUUCUGCAAAAGGACGAGGACGAUACAAGCAGGAGCCUGUCCCACUUUGUUUCUAAUCUUACAUCGUCUGCACCAGUUUGGGUGUUGCUGGGGGGGGGUUGAACACUGCGCCACCACAGAAGAAACAGCUGAGAACAACAAUACUCACCUUGAAAUCACUUUUACACGUCAAACAUCUGAGACAAACUAUUUACAUUAUGUCACUGUUACAGAGGGGCGUUAAUAGUAUUCUGAAAGCUUUGCAUAUUGACAACAUUACUUGCAGUGCUGAAAAGCUCAUUUGAAUGAUUGUAAAAGAUGUUUGGGAAUGUUUUUGUGGUUUUAUGAGCAUGUGAAACAAAAUGUUCUUAUUAAUUCACUUGUUCAAACUCCUCUGUAAGUCUUCAUUUGUUUUUCAGACAUCGUUGUAUUCUGAAUUUACAGCAGCAUCUCAGUAAAACUCAAAUCCCUCUUUUGUGAGUCAGCAUCUUAAGGCGUCAGUAUGCUUCAUAUAUUUCCUGUCAGAUAGUCGAACCGUGUCUGAAAGGCCUUCCUCUCACACCUUUCAACUGUCAGUUUCUAUAACUCUCCAAAACCGACAAUAGAACAGUCUUUCCUACACUGGCCAGGUGUGCAGAGGUGGAAAAAUUGUGCAGAGUUUGCACUUUCAUGCUCUCGUUUUUCACACAGCUACUUUUGUUAGUUUCCGUAUGUAUAACCAAGUGCAACACCAUGAGGUGUGCGUUGUGAUCCCCAUUUGAAUGAUUUUAUCAUGUCUCACGCCUCACAUUUUUUACCCUGCAACCAUUUCGAACAGCUGUAAGGGCUUUUACCUGUAGAUGAGGUUGACGACACAUUGUACAAUAUAGUUCGCUUCAAGCGUACUCCGGCCUUUAGUUCGAGACAGCCUCCUAUUAGCCAUGUACAACGGUGACGGUCUCUGGUUGCUGUUAAGAGCAGAUAUUGUUAAAAUCAGUGUUGACAAGUUAAUUUCAACCGGCCGGACACAAUGUUGUUUAACUAAUUGGCCAGCUAGACGCCACAAAUAAAAUUCAUGGUCAGCUUCAGUUGACUUGUCUCAUUUACAACCUCGUCCCCUCUCGCCUUUGACCCCUUCUGUGACCUCUGUGACCUCUUGCUCAGGUCUGGAAAGUCUCCCAGAUGAGGCGGGUGAUUGGGACUGUUGUCAUUGAGAUAUCACAUGUGACAUCUCUGUUUCAGUCCUGCAGCAGUAACAAGUGAACUCUACCAGCAUUUAAUAAACGUGAUGAGCCACCAAUCAGCAGAGAGCAUCGUGUCUGAGCUCGAUUACCGGCACCACUGAUGAAAAUCAAACAGAUAUUGUGAUAUAUCUACCUCAAGAAGACAAAUUAACAUCAGAUACAAAAGCAUUUGUUAUUACAUCUUUUUAGGUGGUUGACCAGAAGUUUUUUGUUGUGUUUUUGCUGAUACAUUUUAUGACAAAGCUCAUUUUACAACCUGUAAUGACUCACGUAGAUCAAUAAACUCCAAACACAUUUCUUUAAAACGGCCUGACAAGCCAUCACAGAAACAUUUUGCACUUAAAGCCAAAUCUGUUUGACUUUAAUAUUUAAGAGUGUUUAACGACGUUCCUGUUUAAUUUAUUUGUAUUUUAUUAUUAUUUCUUGACUAAUGAUUUAGAAUAAUUAUACAAGUAAAACUGAACCGCACACUUCACAUAAAGCUGCUGAAAUGUUUGCAGCUUCAAUCUGUUAAUAAUAAAACUGAUAAUAAAAAAUAUUGCACUACGGUUAUAAACAAUUUUUAAUAGCUGUUAGAAUAUAAUUUCUCACUUUUAUGAGAAAGCUCAUUAUUUGUGUUGACUAUUUUUAUCGCCGCUUCAGUUUGUCGUAGUUAUUCUGAAGUCAGGUGGAUGGAAAAAGAUUAGUGCCAACAGAGAUA